AUGGUUCUGAUUCAGGAAUGGCUUGUUUGUGAACCUGAAGAACGAUCGCGGUCGGAGGAGGAGAACCUCGCGCUCUGCCUCCUCAUGCUCUCGCGCGGCGGCAACCACCGCGUCCAGGCGCCGCCCCCUGUCGUCCCUGCCGCGGCGCCGGCCGCCGCGGAGUUCAAGUGCUCCGUCUGCGGCAAGUCCUUCAGCUCCUACCAGGCGCUGGGGGGCCACAAGACCAGCCACCGGGUCAAGCUGCCGACCCCACCUGCUUCCGCGGCUUCCCCGGCAGUGACCGUCGUGGAGGCCCCCGCCCCAAUCACCGCCAUCCCGCCGCCGCCGAUCGAGGUCCGCGAGCCGGCCACGUCAUCCACCGCCGCGUCCUCCGACGGGGCGGCGGCCUCGAGCAGAGUCCACAGGUGCUCCAUCUGCCACAAGGAGUUCCCCACCGGGCAGGCGCUCGGCGGGCACAAGAGGAAGCACUACGACGGUGGCGCGAGCGCCGCGGCCUCCACCGACCUCCUUGCCACCGCGGCGGCCGCCGAGACAUCCGAGGUGGGGAGCUCCGGCAACGGCAGCUCCGCCGCCCGGGCGUUCGAUCUGAACCUCCCGGCCGUGCCGGAGUUCGUGUUCCGGUGCGGCAAGGCCGGCAAGAUGUGGGAGGAGGACGAGGAGGUGCAGAGCCCGCUCGCCUUCAAGAAGCCCCGCCUCCUGAUGACCGCGUGAAGAAGAACCGGAUCUGAUCCCUCCCAAGAUUUUGGUCUAGCUGCAGAGUUCGGUGGAACACUAUUCGUUCAUUCAUUCGUGUAUGGUGCCAGCACUAUUGUUUGAUUUGUUGUUACAGCUCUUGUACAGAGAGAAAAAGAGUGUGAGAGAUACAUACAUAGCCACACAUAUACCAUACGUAGGUGUCUUCCUCCAAUUGGAAGAGAAUACCUGUAUCCUUAGCUGUCAGUAGUAUACUACCGUAGUUCAUACUCCAUUCUCAUACAGAUCGAGAUGAUUGGUGAAUUAGUGAUUGCUUUGUAACAUAAACUUAUAGUAUAAAUGGAUUGAGGGUUUUGGAAUCA